AUGGCCAGCAUGUACACCACUUCGCAGCCCCAGAGGACGCCUUCCGACAUCCUCCUGUAUCUUUCUCGCAAGCAACCGCCCCCCGUGUUGCCUUACGAGCUUCAUGGCCAUGUCUCUCCGGAUGCUUGGGCUACCCGUAUCCCCAAUCUGACAAACCUCGCCUCUCGGUAUUCUUAUCCUGUCUUCGAAGGUUGCUGGAUGUUAGCCGCUUUCUUCGCCUCCAUCGUGGUUCCAACGGCCGUCUAUCCCGUCAUCUUUCGCGCUAUGUCCAAGGACCACCGCCGCCCAGGCGAUCGUGAAGGACCAUUCUUCCAGGCUCGUGCGAUCUCAUUCGCUGUUUUCAUUGGAAUCAUGCUCUUCUUCUACAUUCCUCUCUUCAUCUGGAAGUAUAAUGGUCAAAGUCGUGCGAAUGCGCUGGUCAAACGCUGGGCCGAUGAUGAUCUGCGCAUGAAAGGCCCCAGCGCAUUCAUACCGAAGUGGACAGUCAGCAUGCCGGGUGUGUUCACGAUGAGCACUAAACUGAAGGUGUCCCUACCCCCUAACCAAAUGGCUACAAACUUCCACCCGGCCGCCUACCUCCCAUCUUGGAUCAAUGGACCGGUAGAUUCACAGGCUGCGCCUGCCUACAAUCCGUAUCAAAACUCGGGACCUGGCAUGCCGCCUAGUCUCGGAGAGGUUCCGCUCUAUUCUGAGAAGUACCGCUUUGACGACGUCAAAGUCUGA